CGGCGGAGUGCGGUCGCGUGGGGGCGGUUAGGUGGGAUCUGACGUCCGCCACCGUAUGCGGUGCCGUCGACACCCGUGCGUAACUUCUGUGUCUUAGUGUGCGCCGGAGGGCCUCGUACUCGGUGUCAGCCAGCGGCGGCGAGGACUGAACACGCGCGGUGGUGCUGGUUUGGUGCUGACACACAGGCAACGUGUCGAGCACCACGCGCCUGAGGCGGCAUCAGCCGUGAUGUGACGUCCGAGUGGACGGUGUGUGGGAGGCUUGCCUGGUGGGAGCGGUAGCGGCCGCCGCCGCCAGCGCAGCCGCCAUGUCGAGCGUCGCGCCCGACUCGCUCGAGCUGUGCUCCAUGGACUUUUGGGACUACUUUGUGGAGCUGGAAUGCCUGCAAAACUCGAAGGGAAAAGACCUGCAGCUAGCUGCCGAGCUCGGCAAGACGCUGCUGGAGAGAAACAAGGAGCUGGAGACGGGACUCAAGCAGCAGCAGACAGUCAUCGACGACCAGGGCCAGGAGAUCGAGUACCUGAGCAAACAGUCGACUGCGCUGCGAGAGGUCAAUGACUCACGUCUGCGGGUGUAUGAGCAGCUGGAGGUCAGCAUACAGGAGCUGGAGGUCACCAACCAGCGACUGCAGGACGAACUCAGCCAGGACAAGAAGCGUAUCCGCAGUCUGUGCCAGUCGGUGGAAUGUCUGGAGGCGCGUGCCUCGGAGCUGCAGGGCCUGGUGGACGAACUCCGCGCCGCCGAACGGACCAGGCGGGCAGCCUGCCUGGCGGAGCAGCAGCGGACGCCGCCGGCCAGGCGCGACAGCCAAAGUCAGAGUCGCGCCGACGAGCUGGUGGAGCGCGUCGCUCUGUUGGAGCGCCAGAUGAGCGAGUGCCGUGACCGGGAGCGCGUGGAGCGCGAGCGCCGCCAGUGCGCGGAGGCUGAGCUCGCCGCCUCGCACGAGGAGUGUUCAGAGCUUCGUCAAGAGAUGGCAGCACUACGGGAGCGCAGUGUCAAGCUGCACACGCUGGCAGAAGAGGUGCACGCCUUGGAGGAACAGAGGCUGAGUCCCGUUCCUGCGCCAGUGCUCGCCACGAGCCUGCAGCACCUCGCCACAGAUGGCAGCAGCGUCGCUGGUUGUCGAGCCCGCCCCCGCUCGCUCUGUUUGGGGAGACCAGGGUGCCGUCCGGUGGCCGGUGGCCGACGGCUCGGCCGGCUCGGCCGGUUCGGCCGGCGCCGCCGACGAGCUGGGCUCGGCGCCGGCGUCCCUCAUCAGCGACCUGGACGCCCACUACCGGGUGCUGCUGGACGAGAUGGACAAGUACGAGUGCCUGCUGUCGGCGCGGCAGGCGCGGCCGGCCACGGGCCGGCCCCGCCGCUGCGCGACUCCGGCCCCGACUCGCUGAUGCUGCUGGCGGUCGCCUCGGACGGCGAGGCCUCGUCGUCGGGCUUCUCGGAGGGUAGCAGCGCCGAGAGCCGGACCGUUUCGCGCGCCACGCAGACCCCGGAGCUGCCGACGGCCGAGCUAGCCGCGCCGCCGCCGCCGCCAGCGCCGCGUAAGGUCACUGCCCUGUUCCAGCACACGCCCCAGUACAAACAGCUGUUCCAGGAGAUCUUCCAGGUGCUAAAGAAGCCUGUGGUGGUGGCGCCGACCGAAGCGGUGCCGCGCGAGGUCUGCGUCGCGGCGGCGCCGCUGGAAGCGCCGCCGCCGCCGCCGCCGCCGCCUGCGUCGCUCGACGCUGCGCCUCCCGCGGAACCACACGCAGGCCCUGCGGAACCCCACGGGAGCGGCGCCCUGCCGGCCGGGGCGAUGCUCGGCGGCCCACGGACUUUCUCCUACACGGAGGAGUUCGAGCGGUUGAAGGCGCGCGAGGCCGCGUGUGCAGAUGGCGUUGCGGAGGCGCCGCCAGGUGGCGCGCCGGAGGAGUUCCCACACCUAUCACGGCCGUCGGAGGAAGUGGCCAAGCUGCGACUGCUAGAGCGCUCCUACGCUGAGGCGCUCAAGGCUGGCAGGCGGUGUCGGAGUCGGCACACACUGCUCUGAGGGCGGCCUCCUGGCCAGCCGACCGCGCAGACAGCCGAACUGUGUAUCUAUCCGCCGGGACAUAUGCUGAAAUAAUGAUGUGUAACCAGCGACGGUCAAUGGUUCAAGGGUGCUUCGUCUGUCAUCUGUCAAAACCGAUGAAAGCCGCUGGGCACGAGAGGUCUUCACACCAUUCCACAUUCAGAUAGCCGACACAGCUGCGUACAGCAUGGUGCCUGCCCGGCAGACCGAGGGACAGCUGGGCGGAACCGUCUCUCCCCCGCGGCAGCUGGGCGGGACCGUCUCUCUCCCGCGGCAGCUGGGCGGGACCGUCUCUCUCCCGCGGCAGCUGGGUGGGACCGUCUCUCUCCCGCGGCAGCUGGGCGGGACCGUCUCUCUCCCGCGGCAGCUGGGCGGGGGCGGCCGCAGCGGCACAGCCCAUGAUGCUGCGCUCUGUCGGCCAGCGCGAUGUGGCGACGUAGCCAACGAAAGCCGGGCUCCGCCCGGUGUAUUUAUUUGGAUGACUUCUGCACAAGCUAUGUUUUGUUGGGCGACAGUACAAGCACCACGUGGUAUGCCCUGUGCCGAGUUUCCCACGGCCCGUGUCAAAACACCGUGUGAUGCGCGGGUGGGUCGUGACAUGCGCCAAAGCGAGACAAGGAUCCGUCAGACACGUGUUUCAUAUAAUUAUAUUGUGAUUGAGGCUCUCCAAGCCGCCGCCUUGGUAAGCUCACCCGUCUAUUUUGGCCGGCUCCGGACUAUGAUGGCGCAUUGCGGCGCUGUGGGAGAGUUAUGAUGAGCUUUUGUAUGCCAAUGACGAAUUUUGUAUAUGCCAAUUUGCAUUGACUCUUGCAUCAGACCUGUGGCCUUGUGCAACAUGUGACACAGUUCUCAGUGGCCAUCCACUUCCAUUUGAGAUACAGGACAGCUGUAUUAUUUUUUGCGUUCGAAUACGUCGGUACGUUUUAAUUUUGAAUAUUUGUUUUGGGGCAAAAUGAAACAAUUAAAAUCUGUCGUUCGGACGAGACAUCAUCUUGGAAGUGCCUGCAUGUUGCCGGUAUGGUAUCGGCAACCGCGUUCGUACGCUGCUCUAUUAACAUUAGCAUCUAAUUUUGGUCUGAAAGCCUGCUGCCCUAAGCAGUUUGGCGUACGCCAAGAACUCGUGUAACAUGUUAAAACCAAUUAAACGAAGUACUAUGCAAUUAAGCAGAUAGCCCGUCCUGAUGACGCCUGCAGACUUCAUAAAUUGACUGCCAAUUUUAGAGUUAAAUUUCAACCCAUACUGGACUGUUCGUGAGUUGAAAACAGAACUUGGUUUUUCAAGUAUAAGACUUUGCUAACAAGCUUCCCUUUUGGCGACGCGAAGGCUAACACCUGCCUCGUCGAUUGGCCGAAUGUGCUGCCCGCGCCCGUUUUGUGAGCGCACACGACCAGCCUUUCGACGCCUCUUCUUCUUUCGGGACGAUCGCGUCGGAACGAUUAAUGCCCUGUCGGCGAGCGCGGCCGCACCCCGCGCCGGCCGACGGCCCCGGCGCUGCUGCUUCUGCGCAGGCCAGCCGCCGGCGUACGCCGUCCGCCGCCGUCCGUCGCCUCGGACGGCGGCCAUGGGACGACUUCCCGUGCCAAAUGCCCGCUGGAGCCCGGCCACUGGUCCCGGAUGCCUGCUCUCCGCCUGACGUGUAAACGCAGUGUGAAUAAUACAUUAUGUAGU